AAAUUCAAUUAAUCGUCGGGUAUGUAUCGUGAUAUCCUUACGAUGCACUCGAAACAAUUGUCAGACCUUGUUAAGAUUUAUAGCUCAUAGUGUCAGUAAAUUCAUUAAAUCUUUCCUUCUUUAUCAUUCAAAUUUUCACAAACAUUCAACGAUGGAUCAAUUUGUUUUCACCGCCAUUUUAUUAAAAACCCAUUACCGGAAGUAGAUGGUCUACACAACGGUGUUUUCCCUCAUCGAAACGUGGCAGCAAAGUGUGUGCUGUUGGCACUUCUCUCAAAUGUAUCUUCCAGCUCUUCCUAUGGUGUGAUUGUUUCGUUGUCGCAAGAGUCGCAAGUGGCACGAGUUCCGUCGUAUGGCAAGCAUGAAGUGGCACAUAAUAUUCGCAGCUUAUGCUGCUUUAAUCCUCACUAUACAUGCAGAGGAAGAAGAAGAAGCUGCAAGGUUAUUAGUAUCCAAACAACUACUUAAUAAAUACCUUGUUGAGAAUAUGGAUAUUGUAAUCAAAUACACAGUUUACAAUGUUGGAAAUUCUGCUGCAUUAGAAGUUGAAAUUACAGACAACUCUUUCCAUCCUGAUCACUUCACUCAUGUGAGUGGUGAAUUGAAUGCAAGGAUAGAUCGUGUCCCACCUUAUACAAAUGUUACUCACACCGUUGUUGUGAGGCCACGAAAGUAUGGAUAUUUCAAUUUCACAUCUGCAGAAAUUUUAUAUAGAGCUAAGGAAGAUGCUCCCAGGUUGCAAUUUGCUGUCAGCAGUGAGCCUGGUGAAGCAAUUAUUGUAUCAUUUAGGGAUUAUGAUAAACAAUUUUCUUCUCAUGUGAUUGAUUGGGCUGCAUUUGCUGUGAUGACUUUACCUUCAUUGGCUAUUCCUUUUGCAUUGUGGUACUCUAGUAAAAGUAAAUAUGAGAAGUUACUUAAAACAUUAAAGAAACAUUAAUUGUAUCAAUCCAUACUAAGUCAUUUGAAAGAGAUUGCUUUUCCACACAGUUGUAAAAAAACCUGACUGUCUCAUCGUGUACAUCUAAUUUUAUAAUAAACAUUAUU